CUCAUUCAUUUCUCGUACGAAAAACUCACAGUCACUCAUUUGUUAUGGAUAACAAGCAAUUGUUGUAAAAGUUAAGAAAAAUAUAUCUAGAAGUGACUAUUAGUGCAAAAGUUCAAGUGCUAAAUAAUAAAAAUGCAGACCGGCAGCGGCACGAAGAAUCCGCCAUGGGCUCGGUCUAAUGUCAAUACAAAUAUGACCGGCAUGAACGCCCAAAUUAUGGAUCCUAACUCUAUGAUGUCUCAACAAGGCAUGAUGCCGUUUCAGCAAUCUCAAGCAGUUUUUAACCCAAACAUGAUGCAACAGGGAGGCAUGGGAAUGGCAAUGGCGGGUCAAAUGCCAAUGAAUCAAAUGACUCAAGGUCAAAUGUACCCGGGCAAUGUAGUAGCGUACCCAACACCACGUGCUAUGAACCCGGGAAUGUAUCAAAAUUCUCAAAACACUCAGGGACAGACUACUGGAGAGCAGCGCGUUUUUACUGGUACGGUAACGAAAACGCACAAUGACUUUGGUUUUGUCGAUCAUGACGUGUUCUACCAAACUUCCGUGUGCGCCAAAGGCGUUAUCCCGAAGCUCAAUGACAGAGUAUUGGUGGAAGCUACUUAUAACCCUAACAUGCCUUUCAAAUGGAACGCUACCCGUGUACAGGUGUUGCCCCAUGGUGGUAAUCAGAAACAGAAUGUUGGGAAAUCUAAUGUGUACAAUGCUGUGCCGCCGCCAGCUAACAAGAAGUCUUCUAUUCCGCCGCGUCGUGAUAACCGCGAUGAUCGCCGUGAUCCACCAUCAAGGAGAGAUGACAGGAAACGCUCCCGCACCCGAAGCCGUUCUAGGGGCAGGAUGGACAGCCGUAGCCGUAGGGAUUCCCCACCAAGGAAGCGGCCAGUGAUCCAUCAACCAUCACCUAUUAAAUAUGUGGUCAGAGUGCCAAGAAUGCCUUUGGAUGUAGUAAAGAUGGAUGUUCCAACACUGGCCCAAAGGUACACAAAUCUGUAUGUACCAUCGGAUUUCUUCAAUGCCCAUGUUAAGUGGAGUGAGGCGUUUCCUCCCCACUCUCCAUUCGCCCUGAACAACCCUUGUGGGUACCAUAUCAUGAGCAAAGAGAUUGAAAGUCCCUUUGCCAAUGAUGCUGUCUUAGAACCACCAGAUGCAGAUUAUAGAUUUUCAGCUAAGGUGAUGUUGAUCAGCAUGCCAACAUUGGAAUUUUUGUACCAAAAGUGUGGGCUGACAAAAGUUGAUGACAAAGACAAACGGUCAAGCAAGUCCCCCAUGCAUCCAACUCGCCUGAUCAAGUUCCUUGUAGGACAAAAGGGCAAAGGCGCCGAGAACUUUGCCAUUGGCGGACCAUGGAGUCCCUCAUUGGACGGUGAAAAUCCACAGUCAGAUCCUAGAGUUUUAGUUAAAACUGCUAUACGCACUUGCAAAGCCCUAACUGGUGUUGACUUAUCAUCCUGCACACAGUGGUACCGAAUGGUGGAGUUUUACUACUGGCGCGAGGGCAGCGGCGGCAAGUCGCGGCUGGAGACGGUGGUGUUGUUCCUGCCAGACGUGUGGUCUGCGCAGCCCUCGCGUAUCGAGUGGGGCACCAUUCAGGACCAGUAUAAGGCGGCUUGCGAAGCCUCCCUGCGCAGACUCGACGAGGAAGCGGAGAGCGCUAGCGCCACUCCCAGCGCGGACGCGGCGGACGAGGACAAACCGGCGCCCGAGGACGCCGACGCGGCAGCGGAAAAAUCCCAAAUUGAAAAUGCCAAUGCAAAUUCAAGUACGAUAACAAUUGAUGAGGAUGAUGAUGAAGAGAGGCCGGAACCCACUCAUUACUCUAAAAUUGACUUGAAAACUAUCAAAGUGGAUCAACUCAGACAGGAAUUGAGGGCACGUAAAGUGAGCUGCAAAGGAUUGCGCGCCCAGCUUGUUUCUCGCUUAUCCAAACUGAUCAAAGCAGAAGAAGGGAAAGACUCAAAGAGCGAAGAUGUAAUGGAACUAGAAGAUGAGGAGAAUGCAGAAGAGAAGUCAUCAGAGACUAAUGAAAAAAGUGAGAAGGAACCAGAGAAGCAAGACAAAGCCGCAGAAAUUAAAGAAGACAAAGCAGAGAAGCCAAUCGAGGUGAAGAAGAAGACUGAGAAAGAAAUUGAGGAAGAAAAGAAGAAAUUGGAAAAAGAAAAGCAGCAGCUAAAACAGCGCUACGAACUCCCGGGCAUGCCUCACAUCCUGGUUCACCCCUCGGCGACCGCCAAGGGAGGGAAGUUCAAUUGCAGCGUUGCCACACUUUCAUUACUGCUGGAUUAUAGGGUCACGGACAAUAAGGAACACAGCUUUGAGUUGUUCGUCUUCGCCGAGCUGUUCAACGAAAUGCUGAUGCGUGACUUUGGAUUCUACAUCUACAAAACACUGUACACAUUGCCAGAGAAGGUGGAGGAAGUCAAAGAGCCAGAGAAGACAGGUGAUAAGGCCGAGAAGAAAGAUGAUAAGAAGACGGAGGGUGAUAAGAAAGAUGAUGUAAAGAGUGGUGAUAAGAAGGACGAUCGGCAAAAGGAUGACCGACGUGAUGAUAGGCGCGACUCUAGAAGGAGGGACAGGAAGGACUCGCACAGUGACGACGAACGCAGCAACUCACCUCGUCGCCGCAGCCGCGGAGUGGAACUCCCCCCGGAUCCCUACCUCCUCUUGUCCCUGGUGUACUUCGACACCUCCCGAGGAGGAUACGUCUCCAAGAAGGACCUCCAGAAUCUAUUCAUGAGCCUGGGAUUAGCCCUGUCAAGGUCGCAAAUCAGAUCCAUAUUGGAGAAAGUGUGCGUCAAGGAUAAUUUUAGUUACAAAUCCCUUAUGCAAGCUAUCAAGGAGAUCGCUUCAGGGCAGGCAGACAUGCAAGACUUGCCGCUAGAUGGCACUGUCCCCGUCAACAACGAAGUACCAGACCAUAUAACAGAAUUGGAAGCUACGAUAGCCGCAGGCAAUCGUGAUUUACUUCCGGUUUUCAACAGGCCGGAAGAAAAUGGCGACGCGUCCGGGGAAGCCAAAGAUGUCAGCGAUUCUGGUGUGGUGAUGUACAAAUCUCGCGUGAUCGACAUCGGCGCGCUGGUAGCGGCUGAAGCGCGGAGUUCGGCACAUCGCGCGCGUCUCGAAAGCGCUUUAGAGAGCGCACGCGCAGCGCUUAAAGCGGCGCGCGCGGCCGCGGCCUCCACGCAGCAGGCCGAGCGGGGCGCACAGAGCCAGCUGUCGGAUGUCAAUGCGCAUUUGGCAGCCGCGAGAGCAAGAAUCACCUCGUUAACCGCCAGCUCCAAGAUUUUCCACUCGGCGCUGAAGAGCAUACAGUCAAAGGUUGAAGCAGUCAUCAACAUUAAAUUUGAAGACGAAGACGUCGUGGAAGUCCCCAAUGGCCCGGCCAAGGUCAAAGAAACUAAGGGAAAAGUGGAGCCUAAAGAUGAGAAACCCGAGGUAAAGGAAGAAGACAAGAAGGCCGAACAAAGCAAGAAGGAACAGGCGACAGAGAAGGAAUCAGAUAACAUAGCGACUGAGAACAUGGACCUUGACGAGUCGACCGCAGCCUAACUGUUAGCGAAACUAUGACACAAGAGAUAACCACAUAUUCUACUUAAAUUCAAAUGUCCUAGAUGAUUCAGUAACUAAUUCAAAGUAUAUACGAA